AAAACCAUGCAAUUCUCCCUCUCAUUCGACCAUCGUCCAAUCGGUCGUCUUUAAAGACACACGGUCGGUACCACAAAACUUACUAUUUUUCCCUUCAGCAGUCGUCCGACCACUCGGUGGAGUCGACGUCGGCGUCGGCGUCGGUGAACCGUGGCUCGGCCGAAUGUCCAUUUCCGGCCGGCGAUGUCCUCCGAUUCGCCUUGUCCCCUUCACGACUCUCUCACGACCCCACGCUCGGCCUUCUCGUACAGGUCUACUCGCGCGGUCGUCAAGGCUUCAGGGACCACAUGAUCGGCAGAUGUCGUGUCGGCCCGUCCGGUUUCACAAUUUCCCCCUCCGGUCAGGCUCAUUGGACCGCUAUGGCCACCUGCCUUCCGCGUCGCCUUAGCGACGCCCUGACGGCAGAUGUAGCCAAGCCACAGGCGGAUAGCAACAACAGCGGCCUUGACGAUGCAUCAGACAAGACGGCAGACGGCUGCCAGACAAGUCUGCCGUUGCAUCAUUUGGAACUUCUGCCUUCUCUGUCCACUCCUCAUGUUCUAUACGCAUUGCGUCAUCUUCAUCAUCUCAAUUAUACCCAUUUACUCCAUACUCUGCACCAUUUACAUUUUCCAUAUAACUGCCAUCUGACCGACGUCUUGGCAACACCUCCAAAAUUCGAUACUAAGACCAUGGGAAUUGUUAAUUUUGUCACGUCCAUUUGUGAAGGCGACGUUCCAAUGCCAUUAUAUGCCAGGAAGGCGAUCUCCGUGGAAGAUUCAGCCUUUUGA